AUGGAACUCGAAUUCCAUCGAGGACGAAGAGUGGCGCAGAACCAAAUUCCGUCCCAGGCAUACGGUCUCCGAGCCCCAGUGUCGAACUCAAAACCACCGGGGCCCCAGUAUAGCAUGGACGCGCGGAGUAUUCCUCGCUCGAUGAGCCGCGGUGCCGCUAAUCUGCUCCAACUCUCCGCUUCUGCUACCAUCUCUUCUUCCACUGCUACUGCUGCUACCACUUCAACAACUCCUGCCACUAUCACAACCACAGUCCCUGCUCUUGCUUCCAUACCUACAACUACUACAGCGCCAGCAGGGACCAACAACCUCCAGCACCCCACCCCCGACAUAGGCCUUGCCGGCACCAACAAUGACGGCUGGUCUGCACGGGUACUAGACGAACUAAAGGACCUGCUCCUUCUUCUCAGUCACGAUGGGCAGGUUCUAUACGCGUCACCAUCAUGCUCUGAGGUGACAGGGAUUGAAUCGCACAUGCUAGAACAAAGCGAUUUCUCCCGUUUCGUCCAUGAAGACGACAAGCCUAUCCUCGGCCACGAAUUGGACGAGUGCAUCAAGACUGGACGCGAAAUACGAUGUCACUUCCGGCUCUGUAGGCCUGACAGUAGCUCCUGUUUAUUAGAAGCACAUGGACAUCCACACCUGAUGACGACCGGAACUGCUCCUUCUGCGACCGCAGAUUCAUCCCAACAACCGCAACGGAAGACAGUCUGUAAAGGGAUAUUUCUCGUCUGUCGGCCAUACCCAACACGAGGGUCACAGUUGCUCGAUUCGUUUUUGGAACACAAAAUUGAGAACAUCCGGCUGAACCAGCGCAUAGCCCAACUAAAGGAAGAGGAAGAAGAGGAGUUGAAUUCGAGACCAGGGCAGACGUCAACGACAACGACGACCAGCACCACUACCACGACGACAACGCGCCAGACGUAUGUCUCAACGACACAGACGUCGUUUGCGCAACGAGAUACAUCAGUAUCUGGAGAGGAGAAUGAAUCAUCCGAUACAGUCACCAAUACGGACGACGCCGAUUCACGAUCGUUUCUGGAGCAGGUUGGGGAUCGGUUGCCGCAGACUGAAGACAUGUCUCAUAUUGACGGGAUUGAGGUCAUGACGGGUUUGUACUACGGAGAAGGAGAACGAUCACAGGGUUUGAGUACGGGACAGCAGCAACCGUCGCAGGUGCAACCGCAAUCACAGCCCAAGAAUCCUGCAGAGGCCGUGGACAGGAAGAAAAGGAUGAAAGGGGAGUAUAUGUGCACGGAUUGCGGGACGUCGGAUUCACCCGAGUGGAGGAAAGGCCCGGAAGGGCCGAAGACCCUGUGUAACGCUUGUGGAUUACGUUGGGCCAAGAAAGAGAAAAAACGCCAGGAUUUGGGGCCGUAG